UCUCUGCUCGCUGCGGGGCACGGGCAACGACAGUGACAUCCCCUCCUACCUCUGCCUCUCGCGCGUGCAGUUGAGGGCCGCUCAGCAGCGCGGCGUGCGCGGACACGGCAGCGGCAGUUACUCCCUCCCUCCCUCCCUCUGCUUCUGCUCGGGCGGGUCCAAUUCAAUGCGCUCCUGCACAACGGAAGCGGGGAGCUCUUCCGCCAUUGGCUCGAGCCGCGCCAUUCAAUGCCCCCCCUCUUGACUGAGAAACCUCCCCUCCUUUAACCCCCCGCCUCGUGUCACUGUUACUCGUACGUGCUUGUGCACGCCGGUUUCAGUACACGACCGCUGCGCUGCGUGUCGCUCACACGCGAGAGGAGAGGGGGAUUGAUUCAUUAGCCAUUCAUGGAGUUUCUCUGCUGAGCUCCUUCAGUCUUUCCUUCCGGUUUCCGCCGGGCAUUUCUUUCUGGGUUCUUCCUGGUUGGUUCCUCGGUGGAAGAAAGAUGAACUACCUCAGGAGCCGGAGCCUGAAGCGGCUCCUGUCCCUCGGCCGCCGGAGCAACGCCGAGGAGUCCGCCGAGGAGUGCGCCGAAAUCGCCGACCCGCCGCCGCCGUACAAGCCCACCUGGCGAUGCUUCUCCUACGACGAGCUCCACCAGGCUACCGAUGGCUUCCACCAAGACAACAUGGUGGGGAAGGGCGGGUACGGCGAGGUGUACCGCGGCGUCCUCGACGGCGGGCGCGCCGUCGCCGUGAAGCGCCUGGCGCCGACGGCCGCGGCGGACGAGAAGAAGGAGAAGGACUUCCUGACGGAGCUGGGCACGGUGGGCCACGUCCGCCACCCCAACGUGUCCGCGCUCCUGGGAUGCUGCGUCGACCGCGGCCUCCACCUCGUCUUCGAGUUCUCCACCCGGGGCUCCGUCUCCGCCAACCUCCACGACCUGAAGCUGCCGGUGAUGUCGUGGAAGCAGCGGCACGGGAUCGCCGUCGGCACGGCGCGGGGGCUCCGGUACCUCCACAAGGGCUGCGCGCGCCGGAUCAUCCACCGCGACAUCAAGGCGUCCAACAUCCUCCUCACCGCCGACUACGAGCCUCAGAUUUCGGACUUCGGCCUCGCCCGGUGGCUGCCGUCGGAGUGGACGCACCACGCCAUCGCGCCCAUCGAGGGCACGUUCGGGUGCCUGGCGCCGGAGUACUUCACGCACGGCAUCGUGGACGAGAAGACGGACGUGUUCGCCUUCGGCGUCUUCCUCCUCGAGCUCAUCUCCGGGCGCAAGCCGGUGGACGGCUCCCACAAGAGCCUCAUCGCGUGGGCCAAGCCUUACCUGAGCGACGGCGUCGUGCAAGGGCUCGUGGACCCGCGGCUCGGCGACGGCUACGACGCCGGGCAGCUGAGGCGGCUCAUGUUCGUCGCGUCGCUCUGCGUCAGGGCCGCCGCGGCGUGGCGCCCCACCAUGACACAGGUUCUGGAGUUAUUAGAGUCCGGUGAGAUUUCUCAGGAUCAAUGGCAGAUGCCCGAGAAGGAGGAGCAAGACGAGCUGUGGGAAUUCGACGAUCUCGACGAUUUCGAGGAAGACGACGACGACGACUAUGACAACUACGACGAUGAAUCGGAUUCCCCCUCGAUCUCCUCGUCGGCGUGCAGCAUCCACCCCAAUGAUUAACCCCAAAAUAUUUGCAUCUGUCAGUAGAUUAAUCGAGCGGGUAUGAUCCUUGCGAUUAUACCAGUCUGUACAUACACCACUCCUAGAGAAUAGCAAUCUUGAAAAAAAAAACCCAAAAAAAGAGAAGAAGAUUCAGGCCCAUGGUUUUCA